AUGAGCAUCAGCACAUUCAACUUCCAGUUCUACAACUACAAGCUGAGCCCGUCGUCACCGGGAUUCGGCAGUGCGGCCUCCCGUUCCUCCUCCUCCUUCAUCAGCGAACUGGAAAUGGACAUUGACGAGGACAUGUCCGCCCAGCCCACCAUCACAUCCACGCCCAAGCCGCGUUUCACCAGCCAACUGGCCGUGGAACUGGGCAAAACGGAGCCGGGCAAUGGUAUAUCCCCACUGCGACCCAAAUUGCAUACGGCCCAGAAGCGCUGGUCCAUGGAGUUGAGGGAAAAAGUGCUGGAAAUGUCCAAGCGAAAUAAUGGCCACGAGAAACCACAAACCGCAGGGCAACAGCCACUGCAACUGGAGCAGCAGCAGCCACAGGAGCAACCACUGCAAGCGGAGCAAGUGCAGCAUCAGCAGCAGGAACCCACUGUCACCGACAAAAUCAACUUCUUCAACAAACUGACCAACACCUUUGAGUCCGGUUUCAACAAGCUGAUGCCCCAAGGUAGCGCCACCAGCAACCGCUUCAUAGCCAUGUUGCGCACCGCCCGUCCACAGAACGUGGCCACCACCACCGCCAACAGCAGCACCGCCAACAGUUUCCUGGGCAGCAACCACAGUCUCAGUGGUUCCGUGACCGGUCAAGUGCCGCCACCCAAGCCCAAGAGACUGGCGGCCACCACCGCCCAGUUUGCCACGCCCCUUGUGCCCGGCAUGGGCGUGGGCAAGGGGGGCAGCCAGCGCAAGUGUUCCCUGCGCCGCAAGCCUUCGAUGGACAAGUCGAGGGCCACCAUUUCGCGCCAGAGCUCCAGUGCCUCGGUGCGCACCCAGAACCACGCCAUCAUGGAGGACCUCAGCCUGGUGGUGCCCGUGAGAUUGCGCAUCGCGGAGUACGAGCAGCGCAUCUCGAUGAGUGCUUAG